AUGGGUCGCGUAUUUGGCCUCGCCGCAUGGCUGCUGGCCUAUGUAGCUGUUGUGCCUCAUCAUGGUGUCUCUGCAGAGGCGAAUGGUGUGCAAACCGAAGCUGUGACUGCAGUGGCUGGCUCGCAGAAGGCUGCAUGCAAGCUCUUGAGUCUGACACACCCAGAUCACACCUUCUUCGAGGGCUCAGACAGCUACAAGUAUGAGACUCAGACGCAGUACUGGUCUUCUGCAGUAUACGACAGCCCAGCAUGCGUUUUCGUACCUCAAGAUGCCAAGCAGGUCUCCUUCGCGGUUUCGACUCUGACCUUGACUUUGACCAAGUUCGCGGUUCGCAGCGGCGGUCAUAUGCCAGUCCCAGGCUACAAUAGCAUUGGUAGCUCGGGAGUACUCCUCUCCAACUCCAACCUGAGCACUCUAGCUUUAUCUAAAGACCAUGCUACUGUUUCCGUUGGCCCUGCUUAUCGCUGGAGAGACGUGUAUUCGUAUCUCCAACCAUAUAACCUGACUGCCGUUGGCGGACGUGUUGGCCAUGUUGGAGUUGCUGGACUACUGUUGGGAGGUGGAAUCUCGUUUCACUCAAGCCAAUAUGGUUUCGCUGCUGACAACGUCGUGGCCUAUGAGGCAGUCCUUGCGAACGGCCAAGUUGUCGUUGCGAAGCCCGAUAAUGCCUACUCAGACCUCUAUUGGGCUUUGAAAGGCGGCGGUAACUCUUUUGCCAUUGUCACGCGAUUUGAGCUCAGAACUGUUCCAUCGCCCGGCGUUUGGAUUGGUAUCGCCCAGUACAACGAGACGGACAAGGACAAGUAUCUCGACGCCGUCUACAACUUUGGCAAAUAUGGCUCUGCCGACAGCAAAGCGGCCAUCAUUCCCACAAUGGUCGGCUAUCCCCAGUUCGGCAUGAUUGCUUAUGCAGCAUCACGAUUCUAUGACUCUGUCACCAAUCCUCCAACGGUGUUCGAGAAUUUCACAGCUCUUAAAACCGUGGCCGAUCAAUACGCUUUUCAACCCCUCGCCACGUAUAUCAGCGCCGUUGAUGCCCUGCAGCCGAAUGGCCUCCGCCAAGACUUCCGUGUAGCGUCUUUCAUGGUCAACCGAGAAGUUGUCUCCACUGUCCAUGACAUGUUUUUCACGGCAGCCAACUCGGAACUAGCGAGCAUUACUGGCUUGACUGCUUCCAUCACCUUUCAGCCAGUCUCCAAGGGAUUCAUCAAGAACGGCCGGAGUCGUGGCGGCCCCAACCCCCAAGGUGUAGACUCUUGCAAAGCUCCUUACUUCUGGAUUGUGCAGAACCUGUCGUGGCAGAGCGAGGGCGACGACGCUAAGGUGCGUUCAUUCGCCAAGGCUACAAUAGCCAAGAUCGAGGGAGCCAUCAAAGCCCGUGGUGUUGCUGGCGGUUAUCUGUACAUGAAUGACGCUGGUGAUGGCCAACCUGUGUUCCAAAGCUAUCCGGCUCAGAACCUGAAGAGACUCAAAGAUAUUCGUACCAAGUACGAUCCGUUGCGCAUCUACACGAAUCUUUUGAGUGGCGGUUGGAAAGUCUUGGAUGCCUAG